AUGCAGUCCUCCCCCACAACUAGGGGCCUCGACUUCGACCCCAACUGCAGGAGGCUGCUCGAGGCUUCCAACGAAUUGCAGCAGCGACAGCAGCAACAGCAGCACCAGCAGCAACAGCAGCAGCAGCAGCAGCAGCAGCUGGUUCUACCGCCGCAGCAGCAGCUGCAGCACAUGCAGCUGCUCCAGAGCCAGCAGUACUUGCAGCAGCAGCAACAGACCUUUCAGCAGCAGCAGCUGCUCCUCGCCCAUGGCGCCCUUCCCUUUGCGUGCCCUACGCCGGAGCUCCCCAAGGGGGGGGGGCCCUCUCAUCUGCCUAAAUACCAGGGGAUGCUCUUCCAGGAGGGGGGAGGGGCCUCCGGCUCGCCCUUCUCACAACUGCCCGUGUCUCAGCGAGCGAAGGCCUCCCCAGCACCAGCUGCGGCUGCUGCAGAAGGAAUGCCUCACUAUAACAGCAACGCAAGCACCACCAGUGCCACGAACAGCAGCCAGAGUCUUGUCACGCCGCCUCCCAAGAGGGGCCAUGGCGCGGGGGGCCCCCAUGCAGCUGCGAGUUCGGCGCAGCGCGUGCGUGGGAGCCUCUCGCGAGCAGGAGCUGCGAAGGGGAGUGGUCGCCUUGGUGGCGGAGCUUCCAGUGGGGGCCCUUUGAAGGCUCCCUCCUACGUGAAUUCAGGGGUUUCAGUCGCACCAAGUGGGGCCCCCACGCCGUCGGUCGUUGGUGACAGGUGGUGUGCAGCGGGGGGUGGGAGGCCCCCCGAAGCGGUGGCCAGACAGUGUUACUAUCACCCCGUUAAGGGGGAGUGGCGUGCGCGCUAUUUGGUGGAUGGAAAAAAGCGCAUGAAAAGCUUCAGCCUCCGCAGGCACUCCAACGACGUGGCCCUGGCCUUAGCAGAGAUGUUUCUGGUGUAUGUCCACCUCAAGGGGGCCCCCGCAAGCGAUCAGGAGGUCCGUGGCUGGCACCAGGCUGUUUGCGCGCUGAGCCGUUCCGCCGGUGAGGCUGCCAAAGCUGCUCCCGCUGCUUCCAGACUGGAAGACGCAGGGGGGGGCACUCCAGCGAUUUGGCCUCCCGCCGGAGGGGGGGGGGAAACGCGGCAGCACGCAGCGACUUUGGGAAUGCCGGACGAAACGGCUCCAGACGCUUCCCCGUGGACGGCAUCUCCCGAGUGGAAGGAUGCGCAGAGCAAGUUUGGAGAAGCUCCGCCUUCUCCGUGGCUCGCAAGGGGACCUCAGAAGCAGGCAGUGCCUCCAGGAGGAGGACGUUCGGGGGUUUCUGGGGAGCCUUUGUCGGAGAGCUCUCGAGCAGAGGAUUGGAGGGAGCUGCUACGAGCUUGCAAGAGUCACCCAUGGGUAGCGAAAGGCUCAACUGCCUAUAUGCCCGCCACUGGCGUAUGGGACCUUGACUUCCAUCUUCCUCUCGGGGCCCCUCCGCCUCCGUUGCCAGCAGACGCUACGGGGGUUGAAGCUUCCUCCUUCGCUCCCGGUGAGGCUAGCAGAGCUGCCGGGCCCUUGGGGCCCUUUGGCUAUGGACGUGCAGCCUGCAGCCCAGCGACAGACAGCGUUACCCCUGGGGUGCCGCUCAUGCAGGAAUCGUGUGAAGGACGUGUUGGUCUUGAGGCUUUCCAGUUUUCUGCGGAGAAAGCUCCGCCUCGCCAGUUGGGAGCCCCUAUGGUGCACUCUGUGGGGCCCCAAGGGACUGCCAACAACGCGGGUUCAAACGGACGGGCUUUCCUGCUGCCUAUCCUGAGGGCCCGCAUUUCAGACUUUUUGCUGCUCUGUAGGGGCAUGGGAAUACGUGGCGCGGCGUUUGGAGCUGCAGAAGCGGCUGCCACCCCUACGGCUACGAGUCUUUCAGAGGCUGGCGAUCCUGCAGUUCAAGGCGCAGGCUUGGCAGCGCUGCAGCCUAGAGGGGCGUUGCAAGUCUCACGCCAGUGGGGUCUUCUGGGGGGCCAGCUGUUCAGCGCCAUUAGGCAGCUUCAGCAGCAACUGCAAAAGCAGUGUCAGGAGGCGUCGUCUCGCGAGGCUGUGAAGGGGCCCUCCUCCGAUGGGGAGAUCGAUGAGAAGGCGUUCGAGGCUUGCAAGGUGGCGGAAGAUCGCGCUGCCAAGGGGCCUCCUUCGGGGUCGGCCCUGACGCUGGAGGGGGCACUCAAACCAGAAGCAGCAGCAGCAGCCGCAGCAACACUCCUGGCUUGGAGGCCUGUGCUGCAGACUCCAAGAGCCUCCUCGAUGGAGAGACCCCUUGAUGCUGUUUGUGCGGAGGCCAGCUCGGGCCCGCAUCACGUUCCUUUUGCGGGAGCCUCGCAAGACGUUAUUGCACAUCCUUCGAGAGGCGCUGCAGCAGCUGAGAAGGCUCCUGUUGGCGAGGCUGACGGCUCUACGCAGGCUUUAGCGACGGAAAUCCGACACUUUCUCACGGAGGACAGUGUGACCUGCGCUAUGCGACACUGGCGUUUCGUAGCGACGCGCGCAGUUGAGGCAGUGCAUCAGUUUAGACGCCUCGAGGCGGCAAUCUGCAGCAAAAAUGAGGCCAUGCAGAUGCUGCAUGUUGCUCUGCAUCUUUGUCGGAGGGCGGCGGCUGCUGUCCUGGCAGUGCCUUCGACGGGAGCCACCAAGGAGCGGCCUUCACAGGGGGUGUUUGAAGCCUCCUUUGAGGCUGGCUCCGAGGAUUGGCGGAACGGUACGCUGCAGAUGCAGCAGCCUCACCAGAAGCACCACCACACAGCUUCCCCAGGAGUUGCAGCCCGGUUAAGCGAAUACAUUGAGGGCAUCAAAACAGCCGUUCUGAGCCAGAAGGGGGCCCCUCUGACGCGAGAAGCAGUAGAGCAGGUGUCGCAGGAGAUCUCCCGGCGACUUUCGGCAGCCUCUACAGAACACAAGCAAGUCAGCAGCCGCGACAGCAACAGCACCAGCACCAGCACCACCCUCACCACUCCCAUGUUUGCUUCGGACUCCCCCCAUGAGGUGCUUCGGGAAUGUGGAGUGGUGGAGGGGCGGCUGCUGGAGUUGCAGAAGGAAACGGAUCUGCUGCUGCUGAAGCAGGAGGACCUUCUAAGGGCUCUCUCGGAAGACGUCGCCUUCAUGGAUUUAAUGGCGCAGCGGCUGCUGCCUCCUGGAGAGGAACAGGACGUGCAACACCACUUAGAUGGUGUCACUGAGGACGGUGGCGCGUUGCGAAAUGCAGGCGAGGGUCAGUCCUCUCUCGCCUGGGGCAUGCAGCACGUCCAAGAUCCACCCUCGCUCUUCCUCAUCGAUGCUCCUCAAGGAGCAGCAACAACGCUUACAGAACGAGCAGCAUCAGGGGUUCCAGGGGGUGCAGAGGUAGCAGCAGCUGAAGGGGACGUAAGAAUGCGAUUGGAUGACAAGCAAGGCGCUGGGUCUGGGGGAACGACGGCAUUCUGCCCGAAGGGCGACAUCUCCGGGGAAACCUCUUUCGAGGCGGAGCAGCGUUAUGUUGGCCAGCGCUUCCUGGGGCCCCUGGGGGCCCCUGCUAUCUGUGCGUUUGAUCGAGUGCUUCAGAAGCGAGUUUCUAAGGUGCAGCUGUUUCUUCGAGGACCCCAAGAAGCCUACUGGUGCACGCGAUAUGGGGAGGGAGACGGCUGCGUGAGGGCCUACUCCGUUCGAGCCUUAGGUUUUGCAGAGGCUCUAAGGAGAGCCGUGGCGCUUCGACUGGCUGCCACAGGUCACCCGCUGGGGCAGGGAAUAGGCGACCGAGUUGCUCCCGCCUUGCUGCAGCAGCAGCAGCAGCAGCAACAGCAGCAGCAACAACGGCAACAACAGCAACAACAACAGCAACAGCCCAUUGUGCAAGGAGCUGGAGGCGCACUCGGAGGCCGGCAGCUGCAACUGCAACCGACACAGCAGUUCUUGGGAGAUUGGGGAACUCCCGAUAUCUCGCUUACGGGAGAGAAUUCAAGAGGCUCUGUUGCAACGCCAGCUCUAUGCAGCAGCACCGCCUCGGUCCCUCUGUCGUGGCCGCUUCCCGGAUCGUCAUCGAUUGCUGGGGAGACUCUGUUUCAAGCACCCGUAUUUGGAGGCCCUCGGACCCCCGUAGGAAGAGUGGAGGAUUGCCAAGGGGGCACACCCUUGUUCAGCGGGGAUGGGAAUGGUCCUGUUGCGGGGGGAGGGCCCUUGCUGCUGGACGCUGGUGGUGCAAGUGGGGUGGGUGGCAUCUGGGAAGCGCACAAAAACAGGGGCCCUGUGGGGGGCCCCAGAGGCCCCUCUGGGAGCCAAAGGCUUCAGCACUACCGCGCGCUCAGCUUAGGGCCCAGAGAGGGCUCUCUGCGGUGUUCCGGACUUAGGCCUUUAGUGCGACGGUAUGAUGACUCUUGGAGGUGGUCUGCUGAGACACCACGACGCCACAGGGCACAGGUAGGCUCCCGAGCGCUCUGCACCUUCGCUGCCCAUCAGAAACGAGGAGUGCGGCAAGCGAGUGCUCCUGCGUUAGUAUCAGAAAAGCCAUGCUUCCAUAUGGGUCUACCUUCACGAGCUGCGUCACCAAGCGCCUCAGCUGCUGCAUUACUGGCAUCAGCAGUAGUAGUUACUGCCGAAGCGUUUAUUGACUUUUGUUUUCCCUGGUCCUUCAAGGAGGCUGCGUGGUGUUUUCAACAUGAAGAGAGCGGGGAAGCUAUGGUGAGCGUGGCUCGAAGCACUCCAACCAAUCGCAUUCAGUUGCACAUUGCACGUAGCACACACGCGCACGGCAUUGGGUCUUCCUACAUCGAGCUUCCACAACACUGCAAUGAAGAAGAUAUACCAACCGAAAAGCCAAUUGCUCAAAUCUCUACAAAUCCCCAGUGA